AUCGUACCAUGUAAAAGCGUAAUCAGGGUCUGGUUAUUUUAUACAGAUUACAGUAAUAAUUGGCAGUGUAGUGUAAAUUGUUUGAUUUAUUGUUAAGUAAUGAUUUUCUUAAAAGAAGUUUAAUACAUGUGGCAGUAUACAACGUAAUAAACUUAAAGAUAAUGUAAUUUGUAAAGAGUACCUUCCGCAAAAUCUAUUGGCAGACCAGUCAGUCUAAGCCUAACUAGUCUUGUAAUACAGACUACAAUUACUAGUUACUACAACUACCUCAGCUUAACGUAACGUUACUUGUUAUUGGUAUAUCGUAAUAUUUCAUGCUCUGAUACGUUAGUCGACGAAUAUCGGCUUCUGGCAGUUUUGUAAAACCUGGUUCAUUAACUAGCUGGUGAUAAAGUCACACCCAGUGCUUCUUCUAACACAGUGACAUUGAUGAUAAUCCCAUAAAAGUUAAAACUAAAAAUUAAUGAGAAUGGGCCAGACGCUAUCAGAACCAGUAACAGCUAAAGAGACGUCAAGUUGUGUGAACGAGUUUGUAAAAGUAGGAGCAUCAUGCAUGCAAGGAUGGAGAAUCAAUAUGGAAGAUGCCCAUAGCCACUUGCUGUCUUUGUGUGAAGAUACGUCAGCUGCUUUCUUUGCAGUCUAUGAUGGCCAUGGAGGAGCCAAGGUUGCUCAAUAUGCAGGCAGUCACGUGCAUAAGAAAAUUGUCAAUCAUCCUUCUUACAAAAAAGGUAACAUAGAAGAAGCUAUAAAGCAGGGAUUUUUAUCAGUUGAUGCAGACAUGUUGGAAGAUGAAAGCAUGAAAGAUGAGUUGGCAGGAACGACCGCUGUUGUGGUGUUGCUGAAAGACAACAAAAUAUAUUGUGGUAAUGUGGGAGACUCCAGGGCAGUAGCAAGUGUAGCUGGACAUGUGCAGCAGUUGUCGUAUGACCACAAACCUGGAAACGAAGCCGAAACCAAAAGGAUUAUUGCAGCAGGUGGUUGGGUUGAAUUCAACAGAGUGAAUGGUAACCUUGCCUUGUCUAGAGCACUAGGAGACUUUGUAUUCAAAAAGAAUGACAAGAAGACUCCAGAAGAACAGAUUGUCACAGCAUAUCCAGAUGUAGUCGUAAGAGAAAUAACUUCUGACCACGAGUUUAUCAUUCUGGCAUGUGAUGGUAUUUGGGAUGUGAUGACUAACGAAGAAGUCGUAGAAUUUGUACGAACAAGAAUUGCAACAAAAAUGGAACCUGAACAUAUAUGUGAAGAACUUAUGACACGAUGUCUAGCUCCAGACUGCCAAAUGGGUGGACUUGGUUGUGACAACAUGACUGUUAUUUUGGUUUGUCUUCUUCAAUCGGGCAGUUAUGAGGAACUUGCUGCAAAGUGCCAGCGACCUACUUCUUCCCUGACGGAUGGUGAGUCUACACCGGAGCCAGAGGAUGAUGAUUGUUCACAAGACCAGCAGCAAUCAGUUGAUAAGUUGGCUGAUGCUACAGGCUCACAUGUAGGUGAAAAAGAACAUAGUAAAGUACAGCAGCAAUCAGUUGAUAAGUUGGCUGAUGCUGCAGGCUUACAUGUAGGUGAAAAUAAACAUAGUAAAACACUGACAUCUGGUGGCCAUGUUUCAAACACUACCCCUGAAACCUGCUUGUCUGACUUGGAAGAUGGCCAUAUGGUUGUGGCAUGAUUUCAUUAGUAGCUUGGUAUAUUGUGGCAUUCAAUCCAAACCGCAUGGCAACCAAGAUGACCGUCUGUUAUUAAGCUGUUCAUAUAGCCAUUUCAGUGAAGAAUUUUUUUAAACUAUCCAUUUCUGUGAGAGGAAAACAAAUUUUAUGCCAUUGAACUAAUAGUUUUGGCUGGUAACUAGUAGACAUGUGCCAUGAAGGAUAGCUGGUGUUCUAUUUUUGUAUAGUACUCCAUCUGCCCACCCAUCAGCACCAGAAAAAAAGACCCCAGUUAUUAAGAAAAAACGUCAUUAAUUGCAUGUUAAUCUAUUAUAAUUACUUAUGGUCUCAGAAGAGGAUUGUAAGUCAGUUUGUUAGGAAAAAUAUAUAUAAUAUGUAUUCUUGAUGUUAGAACUAAUGUUAAAAAUGUACUGAAAAACGUUGUGUGUUUGAUGUAUUAACAAUAAAUCUUAUCAUUUAGGUUGGAUUUAAUAGAGCAUAUUAGGGAUGGGAUAAAUAUUCAAUCCGAUCGGACUUUAACGUUGUGUGUUUGAUGUAUUAACAAUAAAUCUUAUCAUUUAGGUUGGAUUUAAUAGAGCAUAUUAGGGAUGGGAUAAAUAUUCAAUCCGAUCGGACUUUAUCAGAUGAAAUCCAAUCCGAUCGGACUUUAACGUUGUGUGUUUGAUGUAUUAACAAUAAAUUCUAUCAUUUAGGUUGGAUUUAAUCGAGCAUAUUGGGGAUGGGAUAAAUAUUCAAUCCGAUCGGACUUUAACGUUGUGUGUUUGUUGUAUUAACAAUAAAUCUUAUCAUUUAGGUUGGAUUUAAUCGAGCAUAUUGGGGAUGGGAUAAAUAUUCAAUCCGAUCGGACUUUAUCAGAUGAAAUCCAAUCUGAUUGGAUAUUAAUUUUGAAAUGAAUUGAUUAAUCAGAUAGCAUUUCCAUCAAUGGAUUAUCUCACUUCAUUAUAUUACUUGUACAUAUGUCAAACAUAAUAGGUAUUGCAUCUUCUAGCCCACAGGUGCUUUCCAUUAGCUUGGACACACAAUACCAUAUUUCCCAGUUUUAAAGAGUGGGAGCGUGCAGAUAUUCGUUAUGUGGUUUAAAUAAACAUCACGUCCAUCAGAUAUGUUGCCACUGUACACCAAAGGUAUGGUUGGAAGAGCAAGCACAGCAGUCUCGGUAAAGUAUUCUGUCAUGUCGCUAAGUGCCACAAUCCCUUAAAGUGCCUGCAACGGCCGUUCAUUCACGUGGGAUAUAUCCUUAUUAACUUUUCAAAAACAAUGACAAAGUAACUAGUUAUAAUGAAGUAGGAGCUCACACAUGCAGUACGUUUUCAAUAGGUAUGGCCACAUCUACUAUCCAAUCCAAAAAUAUCUGAAUCCGUUUGGAUAUCAAGAGCCAGAUAUCCAACCAAAACUAGUGUUGUCUCAUCCCUACUUUUUAUCAAAUUUAUCUGAAACAAAAGCUUUUUUUCUGGGCCUUUCUCAGUUAUAAAAAACAAAAAGACUACAGAAGAAGUAUUUAAUUAUAUUUUAUUUAUUUAAAUUGAUAUAUAAUUUUACUCAGUUAAAAUACUGUUUCUUAUUUAUACUGAGAUAUGGGAGUCUGAAUUUAGUAGUAAAAGUCAACACCAGUCUUUAACUUGUAUAGUAUCUAUAACAUAUGUUUUUAUAAUAUUUUCUUAUUCUUAGUGUAACCUGCAAAACUAGCAAGAAAACUGGUUGUAGGAGAAAUUUAUUAAUUUUUUUGUCAAUGUUCUGAAUACUUAAAUUUUCAAUUAAAUUUAUGGUUUUAGUUAUAAAUAGGUGAUUUGUUAUUUUUGGAUGUGAUGACUUGGUUUGUUGCAACUAUGGUGAUGAUAAAUGCUUGGUUUAAACCAACCACUGUAAUAAUUAAAUAUAUUAGAUGCAUAAAAAGUCAGUGCAUUUUUUACCUUUUGAAUAUAUAGAACAUUAUAAUCAAGCACUAAACAAACAUUUUGUUGCUACAAAAAUUCUAUUUGUAAACUGCUUUAUGUUGGAAAUUUUAACACUAGCAGAAAGAGCUGUGUAUAUUACUCAAUUAUACCUUACCAAUCAAAAAUACAUAUUUUAUGAAAAGAAAAAAAAAGACACGGGGAUCUGUUUAUUUUCCCAUUUUAUCUACUACUAAGAAUAUGUCAAUUUAGAUACAGUGAAAACACUAAAUAUAAACUUCCCUAGCCGAGAUGUAUCAUAGUUGGAAACACAAUGAGAUCAGAACAUAUGUUUUUUGGUACAAAAUCCAUGUAUUUUUAUUUCUCUUAACUAUAAUCACAAAACAUAAUUUUGGUUCUUCAAAAGAUUUAAGUGUUUAUUUGGAAUGUUGUCAAUUUUUGUUAUUUUACUGAUACUAUGUAUAUAUAAUGUUCAAGACAUGCUAUAUACAUAGUCACUCUUAUACAUUCCUGCUUUGUUUCUACCACUAUUACAUUUUUCUUUUAUAACUGUAUUUACUAUUCUCUUUAAAUGCUUGAGGUCUUGUAUAAUUUAUUCAGAGUGAAAAACCAUGUGUUUGUCAGGUUGGUGGAAGAUAGCUAGUUUAAUGAACUUUAGCCCCUAGGUUUUAUUGUAUGUGAAACAACAGGCCUUGGUGAAUACGAGUUCAGUUGUGUAUAAGUAAGUGAGCUAAAAAAAACUUUGAUAUUUACGUUUUGAUUUCUUGUUUUCAACCAUAUAACAGAACUACAAUGUUUGAAAAACAAAACUUUUAAUAAAUAUAUAUAGUUUAUAGUAAUUACUAGUUUAACUUGCAAUGUAUCUAAAGGAAGAUCGGUUUGAAUAUACUUUCUUCAUAUGUAUUUUGUAAAAUCAUCUUAUCAAGACAUACCGAUACAUGAAAUGGCGUGUUUAAGUAAAAAAAUAAUUUUGAACAUUAUUGCUAAGUGAAAGGUUAGUUUGUUUAAGUAAAGGUUUUAAUUUAAUCAAUGUUUUGUGCUUUAGAGAUUGAGAUAUUAAGUUAGGAGUUAACUUUUUUGAAUGUCUGUUUGAUUAAUGUUUCUUGGUAUACAUUCUGGUAACAUCCUUGUAAUUGAGCUAUAAAAAAUGUGAUGGUGAAGUUUAUAAGGGACAGUGCCGCCCGUGCCUCAAAAGGUCUAAAUACAGCCCUGAUAAUGGGUUGUAUGUUAUCUUUAACUACAAUAAGAAAUGUAGGAUCUUUUCAAUCUUAAAAAGUGAACUGAAGCGUACAAGUUCAAAUAAACCUGUCUUUCAUCAUUCUGUACAAGAGUGGAAGAAGCAACAAAUGUCUGUUAAGUUUUACAAUCAAUGGUUUCUUUUUUUCUUUACGUUAUGCAUGGAUGAAUGAAAGUUGAAUUUCCAUUUUGAAACCAAUUAUUGAAUAUAUGCAGUGUUUGAUCUUAUUCUCGGAUUAUUGAAAGUCAAAUUUCUGUUUUUAAACCGGUUAUUCAGUAUAUGCAGUGUUACUUUUUCAGUUUGGUUGCAGUUUAUGUAUACGUUUAUUUACUUAAAGAAAAAUUACUUACAAUAUUACUAAAAUUUAGAGUACUUGUUUAAAAUUUUUUUUGAAUCACUCAACAAGGUGCUUGUAUUAUUCAAAAGCCACUAGAGAAUGCUGCCUUUAUUAAAAAUAAGUUGAUGUAUUGUUUUAUAAAUUGUAGGCAACUAAUAAUAUUUCAAGUUAGAUAACAGUAUAUUUCCCUGUUAAAACACAAAUGGCUUAGGUAACUGUAUAUUUCCCUGUUAAAACACAAAUGGCUUAGAUAACAGUAUAUUUCCCUGUUAAAACACAAAUGGCUUAGGUAACUGUAUAUUUCCCUGUUAAAACACAAAUGGCUUAGAUAACAGUAUAUUUCCCUGUUAAAACACAAAUGGCUUAGAUAACAGUAUAUUUCCCUGUUAAAACACAAAUGGCUUAGGUAACAGUAUCUUUUUUUCUGUUAGUGAAACCAAAAGAGUUUCUAGUUUAAGACAACCACAAGAAAUUUAAAUAAUACGAAAAAUAAUAAUUUAUUAACUCUUGCCUUAAGCCUAACUGAGUAACUCUAAAAGGGUCAGGUAACAAGUAUUUGGACUGAGUGCAUUUAAUUUUAAAUUUUGAAAAAAUACAGUUAAAUCUGUUAUUUCACUUUGCUCUUUAUACAAGUGAUUGGAAAUAUUUGUUUUCCUGAGAUUUAAUCACAUUUGGGUAUGAAACUACACACACAAGUACGUUGUGUUCUGAUUUUGUUGAAGGAGGAGAGUAACUACAUAAGAUUUGAAAGGUUUGUUCUGGAAUGUUAGGGACAUAUGGCAGUGAAUAAUGUGUUGAAAGUUAGCUAUUUAUGUAGUGUCAUUAAGACAUUUGUUUGUUCUACAUAAAAAAAAAAAAAACUUUUUUUUUUAUAUCAUCAGAAUAUAUCAAAUAAUUUCCUCACAGGUUGUGUAACUGGAUGAGCACAGUGACUGGUAAAAAUAUGGACAUGAACAGUAUCCAACUAACGUCAAUAGGAUAGUUCUAUCAAUGAUAGAUGCUUCUGUCUCAGACAUUCACAAGACAAGUUUUUGUGCUUUGGAACAACAUCAUUUCUUGAAGUAAUGGAUCCACUGUUUUGGACAUCUAGUGAUAGCUACCUCAGUACACUUGGAUGUUACCAUAUGUAUACACAUGUUGACAAAAGAAUAUUUGAUUGAACAGAUGAAAUGAACUGGAUUUUGAACAUGCUGUUUACAGACUUUUCAUGAGUUAGUGACCAUGUGAACUUUCUUUUGUCACUUAAACUCACCAUGAUCUUGUAGAGUUCCCUGAACUCUUACUCCAGAAGAAGGGAAAGAACUUGUUUAUUGACUUAUCGUUAAUAUGAUCAGUGUGUGCAAGUUUGGUGAAAUCUGAAUAUUCUAUUUUAAAAGUCAGUUUAGGAAUGUUCACUUUACUGUUCAUUUGGAGAAUAAAAAUUUUCUAGUUUAA